GCGGCGCCAAGCCCGGGUGGCGUCUCCACCGCCCUUCCCGGCGGCUGGCUUCUCUGAUUGGAGGCGCUGAUAGCCUGAGCCGGGGGCGGGCGCGGGUCCUCACGCCCAGCAGUCUCCGCCCCCUCCAGGUCCCUGCCUGGUGACCCAGCCCAGCGAACCGGCACUGCAGCUCUGGACAGCGGCCCGAAAAGAUCGCUCCAGAAUGAAAAUGUGGCUCUGGGGUUUGGUGGUCUGUCUGGUCCUUGGGACCCUGAGUUCUGAGGCAUCCAGAGGGAAGCUGAAACCUGUGGAUCCUGAAAUAAAUAUGAAUGUGAGUGAAAUUCUCUCUCACUGGGGAUUCCCUAGUGAGGAACACCUAGUUGUGACAGAAGAUGGAUAUAUUCUUUGCCUUAACCGGAUCCCCUAUGGGAGGAAGAACCAUUCUGACAAAGGUCCCAGGCCAGUGGUGUUCCUGCAGCAUGGCUUGCUGGCGGAUUCCAGUAACUGGGUCACAAACCUGCCCAACACCAGCCUGGGCUUCAUCCUGGCAGAUGCCGGUUUUGACGUGUGGAUGGGGAACAGCAGGGGAAACACCUGGUCUCGGAAGCAUAAGACUCUUUCAGUUUCUCAGGAUGAAUUCUGGGCCUUCAGUUAUGAUGAGAUGGCAAAUUAUGACCUACCAGCUUCAAUUAACUUCAUUCUGAAUAAAACUGGCCAAGCGCAAGUAUAUUAUGUGGGCCAUUCUCAAGGCACCACGAUAGGUUUUAUCGCAUUUUCACGGAUCCCCGAGCUAGCCAAAAAGAUCAAAAUGUUUUUUGCCCUGGCUCCUGUGGUUUUAGCCGAUUUCGCUACUAGCCCUCUAAUUAAAUUAGGACAAUUGCCGGAGUUUCUCAUUAAGGACUUAUUUGGGGUCAAAGAAUUUCUUCCCCAGAGCGCGGUUAUGGAGUGGCUGAGUACACAUAUUUGCGCUCAUGUCAUUCUGAAGGAGCUUUGUGGAAAUGUCUUUUUUGUUCUGUGUGGAUUUAAUGAGAGAAAUUUAAAUAUGUCUAGAGUGGCUGUGUAUAUAACACAUGCUCCCGCCGGAACUUCUGUGCAAAAUAUGUUACACUGGAGACAGCUUGUUAAAUUGGGAAAGUUUCAAGCUUUUGACUGGGGAAGCAGUGCCAAGAAUUAUUUUCAUUACAACCAGAGUUACCCUCCCUCUUACAAUGUGAAAGAUAUGCUGGUGCGGACCGCUGUCUGGAGCGGGGGUCGGGACAGCCUCGCAGAUGGCAGAGACGUCAGUGUCUUACUGACCCAGAUCUCCAACCUGGUGUACCACGAGAACAUUCCUGAGUGGGAGCAUCUUGACUUCAUCUGGGGCUUGGAUGCCCCGUGGCGGCUCUAUAAUGAAAUGAUAAAGCUAAUGAUGAAGUAUCAGUGAACGCCAGACUGGAGACAUUCACUGCAAUAGCAACUGUAUUUUAAAUCACUUAAAGACUGAUACAUUCAGCCAUCGAUAUUCAUGAACUUUUCAUUGUGUGGAAGGCCACUUGUUUGAGAAGGAAAGUCCUGUGGAGAAACAAUACCACUAUUCUUCCUAAAGUUAAUGUACUCUGUUCACCAGCUGCUGGAACUCAGUAAUGACGUGCGUGAAGCAGAAGCCCUGAGGCCACCUAGGAGGACUGUCCUGAUUCAUUUUUACACAAAAGAAAUGUGAGCUGAGACGAAAGCUCAGGGAUUCGUUUUGUUUUUUUUCUUUCGUAUGUGUCCAGAUUUUUAAUACUCCUGAUUUGCAUUCCUGUGUCAGAACGCCCAUGUUCACCUGCUUUUCUUGAAGCCCUGUUUCCUUACAGUGCUGUCAGGUUAACAGUGACAAUCACUAUAUUCUUCUAAUAUAGUUGCUUUGCAAUAAUAAACAAUACUUGGUAUUGGUCAGUCUGUGCAGACAGCAUAAUACUGCUCUGUAACAUUCGAAAGACCUUAUUUAAACUUUUCAAUAAAAGUCAGCCUCCUAGGCCUGAAGGAUUGCAUGCAUGUGUGAGUUCUCCUUUAUUUAAUAGUCACUCUCGACUUUCCUCUCUCUUCCAGCAGGACUUACACUUUCUUUUCUCAUCUUCUCCCCCUCUUCCUUACUCCUUGUAAACCUCACUGAUACUGCCCGCGAACCUUUGAUUCUCUCCCAUGGGGAGGAGAGUGGUCUUAAACCUGAGGAGGGGUGGGUGAUGGUUUGGAAAUCCGCAGUUUCCCCUGAGCAAGGCUGUACGUGGAGACUAAGCCCUGAUUAAACCCAUCUGCAGGGAGUGGCUGCAGGUGGGACCCUGGAUUCAAGGACUGUCCAUCAAACACUCUGCUUGAACAAAUGAAGCAACCAAAGCUGGCAGAGACAACGCCAUAGGGCUCCUGAAACGUAGAUUCAGGGGGUCUAAUGUGAUCUCUGCCACUACUCUGUAAGUUUGAAGAUAUAUGUUACUCAUCUCUGUAUGCCUGGAAUCUAACACAAAACCAAGAAUAUUAGUGAGUUAAUAAAUAUAUGUGGACUGACAGAAUGUGUGAAAAAUGAUGGACUUUGUUAUUUAGCUAAAUGAAAUUAGAUGCACAAAUAACAUCUAGGAGGGUCUUCAGUGGAAUCUGAUUUUUCAUGGCAACUAAAGUGUAACUGUAAAGUAAACAGUAAAACUGUACGAGAUGCAAAGGUUACAUGUCCCCAGAAGGAUGCCACUCUCCCUGCUGGCCUUAUGUCUCCCUAAAGAAAGAACAAUGUUUUCUCCUUUGACCAAGGCAAACUGGUCAACCAGGUGCAAGAUUCUUGGGUUAGGACCAGAAAGAACAGGACAGUGAGUGGGCGUUUCUGUUUGUUGUUUUCCACCAGUAGUGGAGGAGAGCUCAUCAGAGAAUGGCUUCUGUGUCAUAGGUGACUUGGUUUCCCUUCUUUGGUUGCUGCCAUGAAGUCUCCCUCAGAUGCCCUUGAGAACUUGUGCUCAGUAAAUCUGUCAGUCAGACUAUGGGAGUGAGUAAGCAGAGGCUACAUUCUAUAGAGUCCACCUUUUAUUGGAGUGUUUUUCUCUUCACCUCCUUCCAAAACUUUGCUGUGGGGAUUUUUAUUCAGUGUGUGGGCCAAUGCAGAGGUGGAGGUGUUGCAUGGUGGUUUUUGCUACAGUUGGGUUACACGAUGCAUUUGCCUUUGUUGUCGGCCUCUUGCUCCUGACGCAGCUGCAGAGGCUCUUAUGUCUUUACAACUCUAGCUGCAUUCAUGUAGCGUUGUUUCACUGUUGGCUGAAAGUGCAGAACAAGGUUGGACCUUGUGCCUUAAGAAAUCCUGCAGUAGGUUGGGAGGAGUUCUGACUCUGUUCUUUCCCAGUGGGUUUGAUAUAUAGUCUUUUGAGCAGAACACAAAGAUCUCCGAAGACCUCUAGGGUAAAGAGAAGACUAGUUAAUAUUCUGUCAACUUGGAACUCCAAGAUCUUGUGUUUACUUGGGCAAAGCCCCGACAUGAAGUCACAAUUGAGUAUGAAAUCAUUUUUGUCAUUCACCAUAAGGGGGCAGUCUUGGCUCUGCUUCUAUCCUCUUCUGGGCUAGGCAGAGAACUUUGCUGAUGUAGGAGUCCGUCAUUUGAGGACUGAUAAGACCAGCCAUGUCUGUGGUCAUUUCUAUCCAGGAUCAUGACUAAUUCUGGCCUAAGGCAUAACAUCUGAAAAAUGUUUUCAAAAGGAUAACUGUGCCCCAAGUGGGACAUGAAAAUGAAAACUUGCCUAAUAGGUAAGAGUGGUCAGAACCUCAGACAUGAGGGAGGAGGCAGUGAAUGCUUUGACCGAGACCUCACACUUAUUAAGACUGUUGAUAGUAUCUCCAAACAAUGAUGAUUUUGUGUCUGUGGGUAUGAAAUGUGUUAAUUUGUUAAAUGUAAACAUUCAACAUAUCCUGUAAUUUUUUUUACCCAUAAUGUGUUUAUUUUUUUGUUUAAGAACUUGUAUUGAGAUACAAUUGACAUACAAUAAAUUGCAUAUAUUUAAAGUGUACAAUUUGUAAAAUAUCCUGUAAUUUUAACUCUUUUUUUUUUUUGAUAUGUGGAGAGAUUUUCAAAUGUGACCUCUGAAAGGCAACAUCAGGUUA